AUGGCACAAUCCCUUCUUUCUCGCGUGACCUCUCUACCAAACGGACAGAAAUGCAAGACGGAGGAGUCCGGGAAAAGCUCUCGACGCCCGCGACCAGCAAGUUUCUCGUUCCAGAGGCAGGAGUCCAACUUGGCCUCGCUCUUCACCGGAGACCCCGUGGAUCGCGACAAACCGAUCAAGGCCAAGAGCGGCGAAGUCCUUGCUUUUGCAUGUAGGCAUGAGCGACUCUGCAUGCCCGAAAUGGUCUCGGAUACAGUCGUCGAGAAUCUGCCGACGCUGGAUGACAUGACGGCCUAUAAUGUCUCCGCAGUCCAGCAACAUCAUCUGUGGAAGAAGGAGAUCGAGCGGCUCGUCGAUGCCGUGAACCAUCCCCAGACCGUUAUCCAAUUUGCUGGAACUGAAAGCCUGGCGACUGACACCAAGAAGGCGUACAAGAACCUGUCGUUUCUGGCCGAGAAGAUGUGGCUGUGUUACAGGAUCUGCACCCUCGAUAACGAGUCGCUGUUGAAAGAACAUAUCUCGGUCCUCCACGACUCCGAAGAGCUGCAGGAGACGAUCGUCGACCUGGAGCGAUGGGUCGAAGGGGCCGACAACAAACCCAAACUGGCCCUCUCCAGCAAGGGCAGUCGCGAGGACUUCUUCGAACUGGUGAACUACGUGACUGUGGUGCUGGCUCGCUUCCUGUGCCGGUCAGCGUACGGACCAGAAUGGCAUCGCACCGUACUCGCUGCCCUGGCCAAGACAUCGGCCAAGUUGAAGGUGCUCUCCUGCAAGCCCGAAGAAGUGCCUGGACGCGGUGGUCCCGCAAAACACUCGACAGCAGGCAAACAGCCUCGUCCAGCCGAUGGAACAGCUGCGGACUGCGCUGUCGCAGCUGGAAGCUGGCUUCCCAUCGUCCGGGUCCGGGGUCGAUUCCAGACACGCGAGGACGCCCUCAGACGCAUCUUCUGGAGCGAAAACGCCUUGGUUCACCGGUCGAUGUUCAUCCUGCUCCGCUAUGUCAUUCUCACGCUGCGCGGCCCGAAUCGGCUGCGCGCGUCGCUCAGCACGUCGUAUGAACUGUGUGCGCGAGUUUAUCAGAUCGGGUUCGAGGAAUUCUCGACGCUCGUGUACCAGGAUCGCGAUAUUGACUUCCUCGUGUCAUCGAAUCUGCACGUGGUGAACGGCUCCCGGGCGGCCUUCGACCAGGUCUACCAAGUGAUCAAGCAUCUUCAGGAGCAGAGGCAGCAGGCUCCUCCACCUCCCCCUCCGCCGGGCUCGCCUCCGGUGGUUGGCACGGUCGUCGAAUGGGAUUAUGGACCGAAGGCCACCAAGAACGCCGGACGCCUGGAGUUGUCGUCCGUGACCGACGCGAUCAACGUCAUGAUCCCCAUGAUCCUCUCCAGCCCCGUGGUGAACAAGAACGUGGUGGACUACAUCUCCGUGACCAUGCACCAGUCUUCUUCUCUGGCUCACGAGCAACGGAACUUCAAGCUCCUUUCGUACAAGCAGGAGAUGUUCCAGGCCUUCUUUUGCCUGGGGACCAAGGAGUUCUCGAAUGCGUAUGGUUGCCAGGCCCCGCGGGGACUCUGCUCCCUCUCCAAAGUCGUCAUGACUCGGGAGGGCCUGCUGUCCAAGGAAGACACCGACCUGGUGGUGGGCGACGGCGUGCGGCCGCAGCGCGACAAAGGCGACUUGCGCCAGCGCGAAGAGGAGAUCGUCGCUGCGAACCGGCAGAUGAAUGAAUGGAUCGUCGACGAGAAGGGGGUGAUGGUGACAUGCCGGGUGUACGUCUACGUGGUUCUCUGCAUCGCCAUCAUCAUGGUCGGCGGAGGCAUCGCCAUCGGCGUGACUCUGGGGGGCCGCCUGCCUGGCGCAGAUCCGUUCUCGAUCGCGACGUAUUUCUGGGUGCUGGCGACAUUUCUCAUCCUGGUGGCCAAGAGCGUCAAGGUGACGGACUGGCCCUGGCGCGACUUCUUCCUCGGCCGGGUCUUCUGCCGCAGCGUGUCCGAACUGCACGCGGUGACCAAGGUGGAUCCCCAGAUCAUUCUCGCCAAGUUGUUGCACGACGAACCCGCCUCGCUGCUGCAGACGCGCGGGCCUUACAACGGCGUCUUUAACCACAAGUCGGAAGACGGGUUCUCCAUCGACGUGCCGCUGGCCAUGAAGACGCUGCCGCUCAGUGGGCUGAUCAUGCUGGAGGUCCAGCGCGAGAACGGCACGGCACUGGUGUGUCUCAAUGCGCGUCGCGACAACUCGGUUGCCGUGCUGCAGAAUCACAAUAAGGGUGUCCACACGAAUAUGGUGUGCGAGUAUGUGCGGGGAGAAAGCCGGCUGUCGAAGCGGAAACAGCGGCUGCGGUUGACGCGCAGCAAAAUGAAAUGGCACCGCAUCAAUGGCAUCUACACCAGGCAGGACCAUGUCUUCGUGUAG